AUGCGAUUGACCGUCGAGCUUAUCCAAAAUUCCCUGUCGUACAUCAACCCGCUCAAGGAUCGCGAAUUAGAUCUCCGAGGGCACAAAAUACCCGCGAUCGAGAACUUGGGUAUUGCCAAGGAUCAAGAUGCAAUCGACUUCACAGAUAACGAUAUCUCCACCCUUGGGAAUUUCCCUUUCUUUCCCCGCCUCCACACCCUUCUCCUCGCCCGGAAUCGAGUCAAGCACAUCCAGCCCACGCUAGCAACCUCCGUGCCGAACCUGGCCAACCUUGUAUUAACAUCGAACCAUAUGACCGAGCUCGCCGACUUGGAUCCUCUGCGCAACCUGGCAAAGUUGACCCAUUUGGUAUUGCUGGAGAACCCUAUCACCCGGAAAGAGCACUACCGGUACUGGGUCAUCUGGAGGAUCCCCAGCGUGCGCUUCCUGGAUUACCAGAAGAUAAAGGAGGCCGAGCGUGAAAAGGCCCAGGAACUCUUUGGAACCGCCGAGGAACCAUCGGCACUAGCCUCGAAGAUCAUGGGCAUCAAGUCCCGCACAUUCGACGUCCCAUCCGGAAGCCUAGCUGACAGGGCACCGGCCGACAAGGCCGUCAGGGUCCAACUAACCGAGGCCGAGAGAAAACGAGUCGAGAAGAUGAUCCGCGAAGCAAGGAGCUUACAAGAGAUCGCGAGACUGGAAAAGGAAUUGAACGAAGGUCGGAUACCCGGUGGCGCGUUCGAUGCGGCCGAGGACCCGGACCAAAUGCAGACGUAA